CGACGACAGCCAACAGCCACCGACGACGACAGCCAACAGCCACCGACGACGACAGCCAACAGCCACCGACGACGACAGCCAAUAAGCCACAAUUCCUCUCUGCUUCAACAACAACAAGUGCAACAUGAAUCAGCUCUGGGAUCCUGUCAUGGCUGAUGCUGGGGAUGGACAUGGUGUUGCAAUGGUCUUCCAGUGCAAUGUAUACUAUUGGAUGGCUGAUGGCUCCGGCAAGGCUGUGGCUGGUCAGGGCACCUUUCAGAAGUUGCGGAGCUCAUCUUGUCAGUUUCGGCUUCAAGUGAAUGGAGGUUGUGACUCCACCGUCUCUCAUUUGUAUUUGCCGCCUCUAGCCGACUGGAGUAUUAACAAAACAAGAGCCGUUCAGACGAUGAAUGGUGCUCAUGGACCGCAGAGAGCCUUGGUUGACGUUGUAACGUUUGUGGGAAGCUUUGCCAUUACGAAGCUCCAAGUUACAAUGCCGUUCCACCGUGAGAACAGACGCGUUGCAAAGCUUUUCCGUCCUGCUCUUAUUCAUGCCGACCAAUCGAAGCGUGAAGCCAUUGCCUAGUCGAAAAGCAAGCCGGCAACUCAUUGCUACGACUAGCACAGAAUGACGUUGGUACAAGACUUACUCGUUUGUUACACUAUAUAGGAUAGGCCGACGGCAACAACUCAACCGAAAACAAGACUAGCAGUAUCCAUAGCUAGACAAUACCCUCAUACUUAAGCACUCUUCUUUUGUUCCUUU